AUGGGAUGCGAAUAUGAUAUACCCGGUAAAAAAACACAGGGUCAGAUUUUGGUAAAGGAGCAAAUUGGCAACACUGCCGAGCGAUGCUGUCAAUCCCGAUUUGUUUACGUUCAGUUGAAAAAAAAAAACACGAUAAAUAGCCAAAUUGUAGGUGAGGAAGGUUCGGAAUCUCGUUCGUUCAAGAGUGUAGCAAAACUGGAUCAACAAAAAUGGGGUGUUUCCACACACUACUCUUCCUUGAUAAAAGAACUACGACAGCUGAAGAAAACGGAGAGUGUGCUCAAAUCGAUGAUCGAUAAAAUCAACCAUGAACUGAACCAACUGGUGGUUGAGGAAUUGCAAAUUAAAUCCCGCGAUGUUCAACUUAGUGUUGAAAUAGCAUCUGCUAAAACCACGAAUCCAGUUCCACCAAUGGAUGAAGCCACGUGCAGCACAAAAGAAAUCAAUCAACAAACACUAAAUUUGGAAGUGCAAGACGAACGAAUAUUCAAAUCAUUGGAAGAAUCAGAUGAAGAGCUGUAGCUGGAUGAUACGAUGAUUUCUCAAAGCAACUACCAUGAAUUUGUAGAAUCUACCAUUUGUUGCACUAAAUAGACAUGUUUACU